AUGGCAUCACGCCUCGGAACCGCGAGCCCCGCCACCGCGGCUGGCGCGUCGGCCCUGCUUAAGCGGCAGCUCAAGCAGAUGCAAACCGACAAGGACAUCCCCGGCAUCUCGUGCGGCCUUGUCAACGACUCCAACAUCUUUGAGUGGGAGGUCAUGCUCAUGAUUAGCGACGACGUCAAGUACUACGGCGCUCCCCCCAAAAAAACAGGAGGCAACUUCCGCGCGCGCAUGUCCUUCCCGCCGACCUACCCCCUCCUGCCGCCGAGCCUGACCUUCCAGGACCCCAUCCCCUUCCACCCAAACGUCUACCCCAACGGCCUGCUGUGCGUCUCGAUCCUGCACCCGCCCGAGGAGGACAAGUGGGGCUACGAGGCCGCCUCGGAGCGCUGGAGCCCCGUCCAGACGCCCGAGACCAUCCUGCUGUCCGUCAUCAGCCUCUUCUCGAGCCCCAACGACGAGAGCCCCGCCAACGUCGAGGCGGCGCGCAUGCUGCGCGACGAGCGCGAGGGCAAGAACAAGGACUUCCGUAAGGCGGUGCGCAAGUGUGUCCGCGAGAGCCUGGGCGAGGACUAA